GUACUUUCCAUGAUAAUGGUCGAUUGUCUCAUCAAACACAGUUGCCAAAAUUCUCUCCAAUUUCCGUUGUUGCAUCUCUUCUCAUGCUUGAACUGAAGUUGAAAUGGCUCAGUCCCGACUUCUACUCUUUGUUCCUUCUCUAUAGCUCAUGUCAGAUGCCCGGCCUCUAAAGCCGAAUUGCCGGGUCGGUCUAGCCCUUGCUCCGGACCGGCCUUAGUGCAUAAAUGACUUUGCAUAUAUAGCUCGAUGGACACGAAUGCUCUUUUAAUGGCGAAUAGUUAGUAUCUAUCCAAAAGAAUAUCCCCAAUUUAGUAUUGGUAAUAAUUACAACUAGGAAAGUCCAACUUUCACUUGCAUAUUCACCUCUCUUAUUUUAUAAAUAAUCUCCUCCUUGAUCCCCCUAUUAGGGGUUGGGAUUACCAUUACCCACCAAACCAACCUCUGCUUGUCCAAGUGACUCAGUGAGAGUGACCAUGUGGUCGAACUGGUUACCGGGUCGGGUCAGGAUAUUCCCGAGAUCGCCCCGAUCGAGGAGCUUCUCCUGUUCAUCCUUCAGGGACGUACAGGAUCUGUGCUCGCCGGAGCCCGAUGCCCGACCCGACUCCCCCCGCAGCCCCACCGUCUUCCACCGCAUCUGCUCCACCGGCUCCGGCGUCGCCAUCCGCUGCGCAGCCUCCCUCUCGGACUCUCCCCCGCCGCCGCCGCCUCCUCCCGCCGUGGUGGUCUACUUCACCAGCCUCCGCGUGGUCCGGAAGACCUUCGAGGACUGCAGGGCCGUCCGGUCAAUCCUCCGCGGGCUCCGCGUCCCGAUCGACGAGCGGGACCUCGCCAUGGACGCGAGCCUCGUCGGGGAGCUCCAGGCGAUCACCGGCCGCCGGAGGCUGGCCCUGCCGUGCGUAUUCAUUGGCGGGAGGCUAAUCGGCGGGCUCGAGGAGGUGAGGCGGCUCUACGAGAGCGGGGAGCUGAGGGCUCUGGAGGGCCGCGGUGGUGGUGGGAGGAGCAACUCGGCGGCGGUGGGGCCCAGUGGGGUAUGUGUCCAGUGUGGAGGGCUGAGGUACGUUGUGUGCGAGAAGUGCGACGGGAGCCGGCGGAUCUACGCGAAGGGAUUGCCUGGGUUCAGGGCGUGUAUGGUCUGCAAUGUGAACGGUCUGGCCAAGUGCCGUUCCUGCUCUCUUAACCCUGACGGCGCCGGCCCGACCAAAUGCUGCUGAACCGGAGGGGAGACCUAUGCCUAUCCAAUACCCAUCCAAUUUGAUGGCUAAAAAUUGGAUUUCAUGGUACUUUUAGUCAUCUACUAAUUGGUAGACUAAGACUAAUAUGCUGCUUGCUCGCUUCCUGUGGUCUUUGGUCAAAUCCGAUGUAAUGGGACCAUUAAGUUAUCCGGAAAAAUCAUGAUAGGAGAUUAUUUUUGUCUAUAGACAUGAUGAUACCGUAUUAUGAACUCCAGAUUUUCUGACAAAAUAAUAAUUUGUAAAUAUUGUUUGUAGUUUGUGUUGUAUAUAAUAUUUUACUGA